GAGCAGUAAACAAGGGGAGCUGCGGACAGGCCGCCAGGGUUUCUACAAAGUUGGAUGGUGUCUCCAUGGCAACAGUCAAGCAGUUUGAGUCACACGGUCCAGGCGUUCUGUUCCAGGCAGUGAGAAGAACCUGAACCUGUCUGUGUUGUGGUUUUUCUUUCUGGGAUGCAAAUGGCAGCAUGAGUGGAACCCAUCAGGAUCGAGCCCAGAUGGCCGACAGCAUCCAUCUGAACGGAACCACGACUAUGGGGCUUCAGGACGAGCUGGUGAACUUUCCCUUGAUUGAGAUCAGAGUGGUGAACAUCGUCCUCAUGGCCCUGGCUCCGUGUGUCCUCGCUGCUACCGGCCUGUACUGCGUCAGUGUCUGUUACAACCACACCAGACAGUCGAAGAGAGCUCACGUGUGCGGGAGCGCGGUGAGCGGCACUGAGCCGGAGGAUCCUGUGGAGGUCAGAGCCGUGAAAAGGUCUACCAGCUUCAUCAACCCUCUGGUGGCCUUCUUCAGGAGACCAGAGGCAGCAAAGGACAACUCCAGGAUCUACUACAUCUACAGCAACCCGCUGCCUGUGGGGCUGAAGGAGGAAGAGGAGGAGCAGAUCAGAGUCAGCAGGAGACCAGAGGAGCAGACUUCCCUCUCGCUGCCUCUGUCGUUGCAAGAGUACGCCAACGAUCCCAACAGCGGCCUCGUCCUGGACCCGCCAAUAUUCUACAUGCAGCUUUAGAGUGUCUGUCGUCAGGUUAGUUAUGAAGAAAACCAUAUUAGUUACAGAUCUUUUGUUGUUUCAGUAGUAAUGAAUUUUACAUCUGAGCCAUGCUGCUUUUUCAUCUCAUUACUAAAGUUGUGUGCAAAUCUCUGGAGGUGUCUUUGUAAUGACCCCUGAGGAACCUCAAGUCAUGAUGCAUUCAAUGACAACCGGAAAUUCCAAGUUUCCGAUUCUCUACAAAAAUAACCUGAAGAAUAAAUUGCACACUGUUUUUUUAUUUAGCCUGAUAUGUUUGGGAGAAAAUAAUCAUUUUUAGAAAUUUAUUUUUUUCAGUUUUAUGAAUGAAUUUUUUCUGUGAAAUUAUGUAAAGCUCUAGUCUGGACACAAAACAGGUGUCUUACAGUCUGUCUUUAAUGGUUUAAUCAAUCAUCACUAUCUCUGUAUUUUAAUAGCAGCUAAUGAAAAAGUCUCCACUGUGAAAAAUGAACUUACAACAGCAUUUUGUUUACGUCUGAAUCAAUUGGUAUCUUGCACCGUGGUGUCUUCUGUUCUUCUCUGUCUGCUGCUUCUCCACUCUUAAGAUAUUAAAAUUUUCAAAAUAAAUUUCAUUUCAGAAAAAGUGUCAAAAAAAA